UUCUAUAUUCAGGAAAUGCAUGGAGUCGGGUAGUAAGCCGUCAGUCUGGUGGAUGGCGCUCCAUCGAUCAAUCUGGUACAUGGUGGAAUCAAGAUCAUCACCAGUUUUAGUCUUUGCUCUUUAUGCUGCCUGCAUCUUUGGCCUGCCUGAGCUUGCUCAAGCUCAAAAUGGAACCAACGCUGUCACAGAUCCUGCUGAAGUAAGGGUUUUGAAUUCAAUAUUUCAAGAAUGGAAAAUCUCAGCACCAUCAGGCCAAUGGAAUAUAAGUGGGCGACCAUGCAGCGGAGCGGCCAUCGGCUCUCUCCCCACCAUCGAUGAUAAAGGGUUUAAUCCCUUUAUCAAAUGCGACUGUUCAUACGACAAUAACGCCACUUGUCACAUCACAGAAUUGUAUGACAUUGGAGCCCCGAAUGGAGAAGGCUUCACAGGACCCCCGAGCUUUGAUUUUCGUGACUGCCAAACUGUUCAGGAAGAGCCCGGGAUGAGAGCCAGAAGCUACUGGGUUGAACUACAGUGGCAGUGGAGGCAUCGUGCUUGA